AAAUAGAAUAAAAUAAGAAAAAUGUUUCGGGACACUCCGAAAAUUAUCAUAGAAGAUGCAUCUUCUCCAUCUGCUUCGUAUGUUAUAUACAUUAAAAUGGAAGAUUUAUUAGAAAAAUUAAAAUUGUUACAUUAUGAUACUGAAUUUUUAUCAGAAUUUAAAAUAAAAGCUAUAAAUAGGAAUUAUUUUGUAACACAAACAAAUCCAGGAGAACAAUUUUAUACAUUUACAUCUUUAGCUGCAUGGCUAAUUAGGAAAGCAGGUGGAAAUUUUGAAGUUCCACAAGAAUCGGAUGACCCUAAUGCUACCAUAGGUUUAAUAUUGGAUCAUUUAAGAGAUACUGAUGUAUCAAUAGAAUUUCCACCUAAUAAGCUUAAACAAGGAAGUGGUGAACAUGCAAUUUAUGUUUUAGAUAAUUUAGCAGAUGGGGCAUUAAAAGCACAAAAAUUUCAAUGGAAAAAAUUAGAGAUAUCACCUGAUGAACCAACUAAUGAACCAGAUAUAGAAGAUGAUGAUGCAGAAUUAAUUUUAGAAAAAGUAGAGGAGGAAAUGAUGGCUGAAUAUGAUGAUGAAGAUGAAGAUAUCUUACAUGUUGAUGAUAUUACAAAACUUUAUGGACAAAACUUUAAUGAAAGUCAGAAACCUGAUGAUAUUUUAGAAUCUAAGACAAACAGAGAAGAAUGGCAAUUAGAAUUGGAAAGAGUAUUACCUCAACUCAAAGUAACUGUAAAAACAGAUUCAAGAGAUUGGAGAUCACAUAUAGACCAAAUGAAACAAUUACGUAUGAAUAUAGCAACAAAUUUAACUGGAGUAAAAAAUCAAUUAGAUAAACUACAUAUUGAUAUAUCUAAUACAUUGGAUAAAAUAAAAACAAGAGAAUCCUACUUAAAUAGACAACUUGAGCCUACUUUAAAAGAAUAUCAAAUAUUUCAAGAUGAAUUAUCAAAAAUCAAAGAACAAUAUAGAGAUGUUAGUGGAGGUGUAACUGAAAGGACUAGAAUUUUUAAUAAAUUAUCGGAAGAAUUGGAACAAGUAAAAAAAGAAAUGGAUGAACGAGGAUCAAGUAUGACAGAUGGAACUCCAUUGAUAAAUAUAAAAAAAACGAUUACUAAAAUGAAAAAUGAAAUUUCUGAAAUGAAUGUUCGAAUUGGUGUUUUAGAAUAUAGUUUAAUGUGUGCAAGGAUCCGAGAUCGCACGCAAUUGCAAGAAGAUAUAAAUAAUCCAAAUAGCAUCGCGAUAAGUUGAAUGAGUAUCAUAAUAAUUUAAGUAAUUUUUACUAUCAUUGCAUUUAUUGACAUUGUUAUGAAUGAUAUUUUUGA